AAUAAAUUUCAUGGUGAGAUAUGUGUAUCGGAUUCUGCGCAGAGUCAAGGCGACGUGAACACUCCCAAAACUUCAUAGCAUUACGUAGUCAUGCGGUUCAGUGUAUAUAGAGAGAGAGAGAGAGAGAGAGAGAGAGAGAGACACACACACACACACACACACACACACACACACACACACACACACACACACACACACACACACACACACACAGAGACAGACACAGACACAGGUGGCUUGUAUAAAGCAGGUGAUCCGUUUGACUUUGUUUCGGUAUUAAUGCAUAGUACAUUUGUCUAAUUUGAUGAUAGACUGAUAGACACAGGACUGAUAAAGCUCAAGCUUGCAUCCAUCGUGGACUGAGACACCCUGAAGUCUUGCAUCUGAUUGUAUCUGAAGAGCAUCUUCAUCUAGAAAUAUGCGUGCACACUUGAUUGGCACGAUUUGCAGUCCAUGUGCGCAGAGAGGUUGUUUAAUCUCUGCAUGAUGUCCUUUACUGAGCACGGCGGGUUCAAACAUGGCGGAGUUGGAUGGUGGGGAACUCUCUGCGAGUCGUUCACAGAGCAGCAUGGCCAACAAUAAGAACAGCACCCUUCGCUGCACAUUCUCAGCUCCUAGUCACAGUAACUCACUUCUUAGGGGGCUUUCUGCACUGCGAGAUCAAGGCCAGUUACUGGAUGUAGAACUCACAGUCAACAACGAAUGCUUCCAGGUGCACAAAGCAGUGCUGGCAUCCUGCAGUGACUACUUUAGAGCCAUGUUCACUGGUGGGAUGAAAGAGUCAAACCAAGCAACAAUUGAGCUUAAGGGCUUGUCUGCACGUGGCUUAAAACACAUCAUCGAUUUCGCCUAUAGCUCGGAGGUCACGCUCGACCUCGACUGCAUCCAGGAUGUGCUUGGGGCAGCGGUCUUCCUUCAGAUGGUGCCGGUUGUGGAGCUCUGUGAAGAGUUCCUGAAAUCAGCCAUGAGCGUCGAGACUUGUUUGAACAUCGGUCAGAUGGCUGCCGCCUUCAGCUUGUCCUCUCUGAAGGAAUCCGUGGACACGUUCACGUUCCGUCACUUCCUGCAGAUUGCCGAAGAGGAGGAUUUCCUGCAUAUCCCCAUGGAGCGGCUGGUGUUUUUCCUGCAGAGCAACAAGCUGAAGGGAUGUACCGAGAUUGAUUUGUUCCACGCGGCCAUCCGAUGGCUUCGGCAUGAUGACUCGCGCCGUCCUGCAGCGAAUGAGGUGCUGCGGCACGUGCGCUUCCCGCUCAUGCGCUCCUCUGAGCUGGUGGACCGUGUGCAGACUGUGGACAUCAUGGUGGAGGAUGUGUUGUGCAGGCAGUAUCUACUUGAGGCCUUUAAUUAUCAGAUACUUCCUUUUCGCCAGCACGAGAUGCAGUCCCCUCGCACCGUCAUUCGGUCAGAUGUUGUCUCGCUUAUUGCUUUCGGUGGCACACCGUACACUGACAAUGACCGUACAGUGAGCUCAAAGGUGUAUUGCCUGGCUGAAAGCACGGCGAGGCAGUUCAAGGAGCUGACCGACAUGGAAUCAGGCUGCAGCCACGCCUGUGUUUCCGUUCUCGACAAUUUCGUUUACGUGGUGGGGGGCCAGCAUCUGCAGUACCGUAGCGGUGAAGGCGCUGUGGACAUCUGUUUCCGAUACGAUCCCCAUCUCAACCAGUGGUUGCGCAUCAGGCCGAUGCAGGAGAGCCGCAUUCAGUUCCAGCUCAACGUACUGCAAGGACAGCUGUAUGCCACCGGGGGGCGCAACAGAUCCGGCAGCCUUUCAUCUGUUGAAUGUUACUGCCCCAAGAAAAACGAAUGGACGUACGUGGAUUCGCUAAAGAGAAGGAUAUGGGGUCACGCAGGGGCAACAUGCGGAGAUAAACUUUAUAUCUCCGGGGGAUAUGGGGUUUCCGUGGAGGAUAAGAAGUCUCUUCAUUGCUAUGAUCCAGCCACAGACCAGUGGGAUUUCAAAUGCCCAAUGAAUGAGCCACGAGUGCUGCACGCCAUGAUCAGUGUAAAUGAGCGUGUCUAUGCUCUUGGAGGAAGAAUGGACCACGUGGACCGCUGCUUCGACGUUCUUGCCGUGGAAUAUUACGUUCCGGAGACGGAUCAGUGGACCACGGUUAGUCCGAUGCGUGCAGGCCAGUCUGAGGCAGGCUGUUGCUUAUUGGACAGAAAGAUUUACGUUGUCGGAGGAUACAACUGGCAUCUGAAUAACGUCACGAGCAUCGUCCAAGUCUACAACACCGAAAUGGACGAGUGGGAGAGGGAUCUGCACUUCCCAGAAUCCUUCGCUGGAAUUGCUUGUACACCUAUAAUACUGCCACAAACUGCCACACAGAGGUGACUUCCUUAGCUGGAAAAUGUGAGGUGAUAUCACACAAGGGUAUUUUUGUUUGUUUGUUUGUUUGUUUAUAUAUUUAAACCCCUGUUCCUUCAAAUAGUUGCAUUUUGGUUUGACAUGUUCAAGUAGAAAUCUGUUCAGUGACUGUAAACCUGCCGAGAGAGCCGAACUCAUGAUUAUAGUUCUCUUUCUGCUGAUGUAAGUGUUGGCAUAUGCACAAUUCAUCAGCUGUUGUUUUGAAAGCCAAAAGCCUACAUGUAUUAGCGCUCUAAUAUGUACAUUCCCAUCCGUCUCGGAUGGGAUGGGCAAAACGGGCAGUGUACUUCACUGAAAGAAAGACCUCAACAAAAAGAAGAACCCUUGCAGAACACGCAGUCAUGGCUACAUUAAUGUUUUUCUAGAACAGUCUGAACCGCCAGGAGUACAGAAUUUUUUUGAGAAGACAGAGAGCCAAAGAGGACUCCCUGAUGCUACAGGAUUUACAUUUAAGGCAUUUGGCAGAUGCACUUAUCCAGAAGGACUUGCAUACUGAGCAGUUGAGGGUUGAGGGUCUUGCUCAAGGGCCCAGCAGUGGUUGACGGUGUUGGGAUUUGAACACGCAACCUUUCAAUCAGUAGUCCAGUGUUUUUAACCAUUGCGCUACCACUGCCCCUGGUCUUCAACAAUACACAAUCCCUUGUUCCAGACCUCACUUUAGCGCUCUAGUAUUAUGUUGUGCAUCAGUGAAUUGGUCUCAUAGCUAGUGUGUUUGGGCUUUUUUUUUUAAAGAACUAUUAACAGUAAGUUUUAUAUAAACACCACUUCCUUAAAAUGUAUUAUUACUUACUUUGAAAUAAUAUAAUACACUUUUGCUAUUGCGUGGCAAUGUAGUGCAGUGCGUAGUGUUGUCACCUCACAGCUCCAAUUUCCCGAUUUCAAUUACUGUAUGUACGGGUUUCCUCUGGGUUCACCGGUUUCCUCCCAGCUCCUAAAAGCAUGACCAUGCUAAAUUUCCCCGAAGUGUGAAUAUGUGUGCAUGGUGCCUUGGAUGGACUGGCAUCCCUUCCAGAGUGUAUUCUCACCUCAUGCCUAGUGGCUCCAGAUCCACUGCAAACUUUUUUUUUUUCUUUUAGGUUUUGGCACGUUCGCCUCACACCUCCAGGGUCCGGGGUUCGAGUCCCGCCGGGGCCAUGGGUGUUUGCAUGUUCUCCCCGUGCUGCGGGGGUUUCCUCCGGGUACUCCGGUUUCCUCCCCCAGUCCAAAGACAUGCAUGGUAGGCUGAUUGGCAUGUCUAAAGUGUCCAUAGUGUAUGAAUUGGUGUAUGUGAGUGUGCCCUGUGAUGGACUGGCACCCUGUCCAGGGUGUACCUGCCUUGUGCCCGAUGCUCCCUGGGAUAGGCUCCAGGUUCCCCGUGACUCUGAAAAGGAUAAAGCGGUAGAAGAUGGGUGGAUGGAUGGUUUUGGGUUGCCUUUAUAAAAUAGACCUGGCAACCCUGUCAAACAGAGCAUAAAUAAUCAAAGAACAGCAGUGGUGGUGAAAGAUGCAAAAAUGCAUUAGAGAGAGUGGUUUUCUUUGUGAAAGAAAGUGAAGAGACCUAGUAAUUCAUGCUGCUGUUUUCACAAAUACAACCCCGACUGUGUAAAAUGUAAAUGAUUUGCAAAUCUCUUAAACCCAUGUUAUUCACAAUAGAACAUAGAAAACAUAUUGAAUGUUUAAACUGAGGAAAUGUACCAUUUUAAUGAAACAGCCGUUUCUUUUUACUAACACUUUUCCAGCCUUUGGUUGCCCCGUUUUUGCCCCAACUUUUUUGAGACGUGUUGCAGCCAUCAAAUUCAAAAUUACCUUACUUUCUUUCUUAAAAUGGCCCUUUUCCUCAGUUUAAACAUUCGAUAUGUAUUCUAUGUUCUAUUGUGAAUAACGUAUGGCUUUAUGAGAUUUGCAAAUCAUUGUUCUCUGUUUUUAUUUACAUUUUACACAGCAUCCCCACUUUUUUUGGAAUCCGGGUUGUACAAUCAGACGGAUGAAUUAGG